AUGCUGGAGCGUAUGUCCCGUCGCGCCCGCUCCCUGCUCUCCCUGACCUUGACCACUCUGGCUCUGGCCCUGUCCAUCCUGGCUCUGUGCACCUCCUACUGGUGUGAGGGCACUCACAAGGUGGUCAAGCCCCUCUGCCUGUCGCCUGUCAAAAUGAAGAACUGUGGUCAGAACAACAGCGAGCCUUACACCACAGAGAGCCCCACUCAGAAUCCCUUCAACCGCACAAUGUCUCCAGCCAGGAGAGACGAGCUGGCCAAGAUCAAGCAGAGGCAGCAGGCCAACGCAGUGCACUACAUCUGGGAGACGGGUGAAGACAAGUUCGCUUUCCGAUACUUCCACACUGGCUUCUGGGAAAGCUGUGAGAAGCACAACGACGGGGAAAAAUGUCGCAGCUUUAUAGAGUUAACUCCAGGAGAAACCCAAGGUGUGCUCUGGCUGUCGGUCAUCUCAGAGUUCACGUACAUCGGCCUGCUGGGGAUGGGCUUCUUACUGAUGUGGCUGGAGGUCUUGUGCUCUCAUAAAGAGAUGCACUCGCUCAAAAUCAACGCCUAUGCAGCGAUCUGCACUGUGCUGUCAGGUCUUCUUGGGAUGGUUGCCCACAUGAUGUUCACCACAGUAUUUCAGAUGACCGUCAUUGUGGGCCCCAAAGACUGGAGGCCUCAGUCCUGGGACUACGGCUGGUCAUUUGCGCUUGCCUGGGUGUCCUUCAGCUGCUGUAUGGGGGCGGCCGUGGUCACCCUCAACUCCUACACAAAGACCAUCAUCGAGCUCCGUCGCAAACAGAGGCUACGACUGGACGAAGCGAGAGCCGCCACUCACGCUCCAGCCUAUGACGAGGUUGUCUCAGGGGGCGGCCUCUACUCGGUCAGCGGCCUGUUGCAGUGUCCGGACGGCAUGAUCGACGUGGCCUGGGCCCAGAACGGCGGCGUUGUUGGAAUGGGAAACGGGGACGUGCCGACGCUGGUUUUGGUGGGAGGCUGUGGACCAGAGGGGUGUGAAGACUGUGAGAGAGAGAUGGACGAGAUGGACGUGGUCGUGGACCGAGUUGAUUCUCCCUGUUAGGGAAGCGGUUAUGUCCUUCAACUGAAAGAGGCUGAAAAACUGAAAGAGGGAAACACUGCUGCUGUGCAGGGAUCAGUGCAAACAGAUGCUUUUCCUUCCGGCCGCUUUGACUUUCAGUGAACAUACAUACAAACCAGACUUGAGGAAUCAACACGUAAAGAUGUAUGGGUCACGCUAACAUGCAAGCCUGCACGUUUUCUGGGUAUUCGUCAGUGCCUCCUGGUGGGAAAGAGUAUCUGUUCUUUAUAUGUACCUGCAUAGAAAUGUUUCUUAUUUUAUUCUUUAACAUGCAAAAUGUCAGGAUGAGUCAUCGAUGAUCAUUUAAUUACAUAAACAUGAUGGAUGUUUUUCUUUUCCCAUUGACACAGAACAGAGCAGCCUAUCCUUUACCAGUAAACUAACGAUAUACUGUAUUCUCAUUAAUCUGAGUGUCACACUCAACAUGUCUUUUCUGUGUACGACAAACUUGGGACCGAUACACACAUUUGGAUUCGUCGCAUGGACACCAGAAGCUACGACAAACGCAGCCUCUCUGCAGUUGCACAGACAAACCCAUAAGACAGACCCAUAGAGAUAGAAAGAUUACAGAGAUUUUGAAAAGUCUGCUCUCUGAUGUUGAACAGAAGAUUACGUGUAGAGCAGUAAUCCCGAGUUGGAUGGAGAGGAGGAGGAGGAGGAGGAGGAGGAGGAACAGAGU